AUGUCUAGAUUCCUGAAUCGUUAUAACCACGCUAGCCCUACCUCCCCUGCUGGAGGUGUUAGCAUGACCGAUCCUCAGUACUUGGCAGAUUGCGAUAUUAACACUAUUCUCCGCAAGUAUGCUAUUACUGAGGACUUCGUUAGCGCAUUUCAGCGCAUUGAUGCCGCUAGAGACCAGUUUGCUUCUUUGCCUUCUGAGCUUCGCGCUCGUUUCGGGCACGAUGUCAAGGCUUAUUUUGAGUUCGUUCUCAAUCCUGAGAAUGCCGAAGAAUGCAAGCGUUUGGGUCUUCUUGUCCCGACUACUGUUGAACCUUCCGCUGAAGAGCUUCUUCAGCAGAUCGCCGACAAUACUAGGACUACAAAGGGCACCGUGGAGACGGGGAAAGCGGUCGCUAAAAUCUGGGACGAUUGGUACAGAGACGAGAACCUUCAGGAUUCUAUUAUUCAGUCUUCCGAUGACCUUGGCGACGGGAAUCCUAACGGUAUUGACUGGAAUGUACUGCGGAAGCGCGGAAAGCGCCAUGACUACUUUACCAGUGCCCUUCCGUGGACUCAGAAAGGCCAGGCUAUUGAAUUGCCGCUUGGUACUUCUGCGCCUGUGACGUAUAAUGCUACCAAUCCCCACGAUUCUUAUUUGACUGGUAAACAGGCUGGUCUGUGGCAAAAGGGUAAUAAUACCGAUGCCGACCGUGCACAGGCUUGUUAUCUUGGCGACGAUGAUUCUGCCAAGCGUAUCCGCCCUGACUUGCAAGAACCUUUGUGGCUUAAUGCCGACCUUAGCCGUGCAACUGCAGCGACUAUUAAUUCCCUCCGCAUGGCUUUUCAGCUACAGAGAUUGCUCGAAACUGAUGCCCGUUGUGGUACUCGUCUCUGCGAGAUUAUCCGUGGUCACUUUAAGACUAUAUGUCCUGACGCUCGUCUGCAAAGGUCUGAGUAUCUCGGCGGUUCUUCCACUCCUAUUGGUUUCUUGCCUGUCGCUCAGACUGCCGAAAACGGAGAUACCCCGCAAGGUAAUCUCGUCGCUAAC